CAACACCUCGACCUGCCUCUUCCCUCUGACCAGAAGCUUGUGACUCUCAGGCAAGCAUCCGCCUCUGGCCAUCUCAAGAAGAGACUGAACAUGUCCCAGCGAGGAAUCAUCGCGCUCUUCGACCAGAUGUUUGAGCUGCAUCCUGGGUUCCGCCCAGCCAUCCAUGCUCGUGGAGUGAUGCUGACGGGAUCAUUCACACCGACUCCCGACGCGGCUGCGCUCAGUGCUGCGCCCCACUUUCACCAAGCCUCCACGCCCGUGACGGCUCGCUUCUCGAGCUCAACGGGCUUGCCUCUGAUUCCCGACAACGAUCCGAACGCAAACCCACGAGGGGUCCGCUCCCGCUUCAAUCUCGCCGAGCACAAACACACGGAUAUCAUUGGGAUCCCCCCCCACAUUUCCGCUCACGACGGCCGGGGCUUCCUCGAAUUCAUGAGGGCAUCGGCUGAGGGCUCAGUCGCAGACUUCUUGGUCUCGCAUCCGGCGGCAAAGACGUUUGUCGAGACCCCGAAACCAUUUUCGACCAUUUUCGCUAACGAGGCGUACUACGCACUGCACGCUUUCAAGUUCACCAGCCGGACGGGGGAGACACGCUACGGGAGAUAUUCGAUCGUUCCAAGCGCAGGCGCGCAAUAUCUCGACCAAGCGCGCAUCGCGCGGGGCCCUAUCUCCUUUGAGAUCCUGCUGCAAGUCGCACAGGACGGCGACAACGUUGAUGACACGACGGUAGCAUGGCCUGCAGACAGACAGAAGAUAGUGCUAGGUAUCUUCUCCCUGGACACGCUCGUCCCAGACAAUGCUGUCGCGCAAAAGCAGAUCAUAUUCGACCCCAUCCCCCGCAUACAGGGGAUCGACGAGUCCGACGACCCUCUGUUUGAAUUCCGGGCUGCACUAUAUCUGAUUAUUGGGCGCCGUCGCCGGGCAGCAUAG